UGAAUCGUCAAUGGUGUAUGACCGGAAUUCCUAUGUUGUGGAGUCACCCCUUCCAUCCGGAUAGUCGUAUAGCACAACAAGCGAAAUUAGUUGACGUAUAUUUAUCGUUUCUCAUGACUCAUAAUUGCCCCGAAGAAAUUCAACAAACUCUUUCUUUAUUCGAGAAAAAACAACAAAAACAGUUGUAUUGUAAAAUUAAAUCGAAAAUCGAGAAUAACAAUGAUUCGGCUUUC